UUGAAAUCUAGUGAAAUGAAAAAAAAUAUAAUUUUUUGUAUUAGCUUUCUUAUUUUUUGCAAUUAUUUUGCAAUAAUUAAUGCAUAUGGACAUGUUUGCCUUAGACGAGACCAAGUAACAUAUAUGGAUGAAGAGCUUGCAUAUGUAUCCGUGCCAUACAAAGAAAAAAAUUGGUAUGGACGUUAUGUUGUUAAAACCAGAAUGCAAUUUCAGUGGGUUCCAAAGCUCAAAUAUAAAUUUCAAAACACUUAUUAUUGCUGUGAAGAAUUUGAAUACAUUGAAAAAACGUGUCCCGAGCAUAGUUAUUGCUCAAGCUCAUAUGCCAAAUGUGUAUGCUAUGAUGGCUAUUCUGGAGAUGACUGCACGUUGAUCGAUUGCGAUAAUUGCGGGACGAACAUGCACUGCUACUCGCCCAAUAAGUGUGAAUGCAACACAGGUUACCACAAGAUCUAUGACGACGAUGUCGAUUGUGUACCCGAAUGCAACCCGCGAUGUGGAGCUCAUAGCUUCUGCUCCUCGCCCAACAACUGCGAGUGUGAAGUGGGCUACAAGGCAGUUGUGAACGGAUACAACUCAACCGAUUGUCGUCCAAUCUGUGCUGAGGAAUGUGCGCCACACAGCAGUUGCACUGCGCCUGGUAAAUGUGAAUGUGAUGAGGGUUGGCAUAUGACGGAUGGCAAAUGCCAGCCAAUCUGCAGUUUGAGCUGCCAGGAGCACAGCAUUUGUAAGGCACCGGAAUUCUGUGAAUGUGUCGAGGGCUAUCAGCAGAGGGAACCAGAUGUCUGUGUCCCAAGCUGUCCCAAGGGAUGCGCCGCCUUUGCUAGGUGUGUGUCGCCCAACCAAUGUGAAUGCUACGAUGGCUAUGAGAUCAGUGCGGAAUCAGCGCAAGAGUGUGUACCAAAGUGUAUGCAAGGCUGUCCAAAUGGUCGAUGCAUUGCACCUGAAAAGUGUGCCUGCAACUCUGGCUACCUAAUGGGCCCCCAAAACAGCUGCGAGCCCCAAUGCAGCCCUGCCUGCCAACACGGAAUCUGCACUGGUCCCGACACCUGUGAGUGUGAAGCUGGCUAUCGGUUCGCUGCGAACUCUCAGCAUAUUUGUGAGCCGAUCUGUGAGCCAAGUUGCCAAAAUGCCGCCUGUUUAGCACCCCAGAUCUGCAUCUGUGAUGUGCACUACGAAAUGGACAUGUCUGCACCUGGGCACGUCUGCAAGCCGAGCUGCCAAUUGGAGUGUGUGAAUGGCACAUGUGUGUCGCCCGAUGUGUGCGGCUGCUUGCCGGGAUACACUGGUCCAACUGUCGAGGGUAACUCCUCCAUUUGCCGACCUCACUGCAGCGGGGGUUGUGAAAACGGUGUCUGCACUGCACCCGACACUUGUGUGUGCUUUGCUGGCUACGAGAGCAGCUCGCAGGGAUGUCAACGAGUCACGACUACCACUACUUCUACCACUUCCAUCUCCACCACAAUCAGCGAUACGCCUCCCUCUGAUACUACCGAAGAUCUAUCCGAAUAUUGUUCGAGCAGCUGCAAAUGUUGGACUGAACAAUCAACUGAGAACGGUGUUAACACCUCGGGCAAGUGCUUCAGCAAGUGCAUGGAUGACUUUGAGAAGGCAUGCUUGCAUCCCUCCAAGUGUCGCUGCAAUAAGUCAACAGGACAGCUACACUGUGACGUCGAUGGCUCCAGUGAACUGCGAACGUUUUUCUGUUCAGAGAUUAGUCCAAAAGAUGAUUUGUCCUCGAAGGAAGCUGCCUUAAACGCUUCGACGUCCGACCAAAGCGCUAUCAACUGGCAGACAAUCCUAGUUUGGUGUGUUGCCAUAACCGUCCUCUUGGCAAUGAUCUCGACUGUCGCCUAUCUCUAUCUUAGGCAUGAGAGCCAACAACCUGCACUUUACUCUGGCAUCAAUGGCAGAUUUGAGAAUGUGCAGUAAGCAAUUGCUUAAUUAAAUAUUAUUAUACAUAAAAAUAACAUGUAUUUUAUAACUGUUUUAUUUACUGCAAGUU